AUGAGUUCCGCGCCAACAGAAGGUGGCGGCAACGUUGCCGUCGACCCUGAGAGGCUGAGCAAUGAGAAGGGAUCGUUACCUGCGGCCGCAGACCACCACGAAGAAGUGCGGUGUCCUCCGCACACAACGGAGAGGAAGCUGCUCAUGAAGAUCGACUCCAGAGUCAUCCCCUGGCUCUGCAUCAUGUACCUCCUAGCCUUUCUUGACCGAGUCAACAUCGCCAACGCCAACGUCUUUGGCCUCUCGGACGAGCUACACCUGGACGGGACGCUGUACAACAAUGCGCUCGUCGUCUUCUUUGUGCCCUACAUCCUGUUCGAGAUCCCCAGCAACAUCCUGGUCAAGCGCUUCCGACCGCACGUCUGGUUGUCGAUCAACAUGGGUGGCUUCGGAUUGGUGACGCUCGCGCAGGGUUUUGUCACCAGCUAUGGCGGCCUCGUGACGACGCGCUUCCUUCUCGGCGUUUUCGAGUCCGUCAUGUUCCCAGCCUCCUUCUACCUCAUCGGCAUGUGGUACCGGCGGAGUGAGGCUCAGAAGCGCUACUCCUUCUUCUUCAGCAGCACCACCCUGGCUGGCGCCUUUGGAGGGCUGAUCGCUGCGGGUAUCGGCAAGAUGGCGGGCGCGCGCGGCCUCUCCGGUUGGCGCUGGAUCUUUAUUCUCGAGGGCGCCCUGACCGUCUUUGUCAGUUUCUUCUUCUACUUCCUCCUCCCGGACUUCCCGGAGGAGGCAAAGUGGCUCACCGAGGAGGAGCGCCAGUUCGUCACCGCCCGCCUGCGCGUAGACCAGGGCAACUCGGCCGUGGAGAAGAAGAUCACGCUGCGUGAUGUCGGGCGAGUGUUCAAGGACUACAAAGUCAUUGUCGCAGGUUUCAUGUACUUUGGCCUCAUCGUUCCAGCUUAUGGUUACGCAUACUUUGCUCCAUCCAUCAUUAGUUCCUAUGGCUACAGCCCGAUCCAGACCCAGCUCCAUAGUGUUCCGCCCUGGGUGGCGGCCUUUGGGCUGUCCAUGCUCUUCGCCGUCGCUUCGGACCGAACGCGCCACCGCUGGGGCUUCGCUGUGUUCGCCAUCCUCAUCGCCAUCGCCGGCUUCAGCAUCCUCCUCAGCGUGCACGACAACACGGACGUGCAGUACGCCGGCCUCUUCCUGAUCGCCAUGGGAGCCUACACCGCCAUGCCCAUCAUCGUCUGCUGGUUCAACAUGAACCUGGGCGGACACCACCGACGCGCCGUCGGGUCCGCGUGGCAGGUCGGCUUCGGAAACAUUGGCGGCAUCAUCGCAGUCUACGCCUUCCUAAAGCGCGACGCCCCGCUCUACAUCCCGGGCUACAGCAUCUGCAUCGCCUUCACGACGUUGAGCAUCAUUGCCUGCACCAUCUACGGCUUCGCGUGCAUGUCUGCCAAUAAGAAGAGGGCGAGGCAAGCGCAGUCUGGCACUGUGGAAGAAGAUUCCGACCUUGGGGACUUGUCUCCUUCGUACAGGUAUCUUUUAUAA